AGUCACAAACAACUACCACCACCCCACCCCUCCCCUUCUUCCCUUACUGCAGUGAGCUCAGAACAACAGGACAAAAGUGUAUGGGACAAGGAGAGGAGCUGAGAGCAGCCGUUGACUCUGGAGGAAUGGGCCUCCUGGGGACUAAGUGUCCUCUGCCUCUACUGCUUCUUUUCAUCAUGGGAGGCAAGGCUCUGGAUUCUCCACCCCAGAUCCUAGUUCAUCCCCAGGACCAGCUACUUCAGGGCUCCGGGCCGGCCAAGAUGAGUUGCAGAGCAUCGGGCCAACCACUUCCCACUAUCCGCUGGCUGCUGAAUGGGCAGCCCCUCAGCAUGGCGACCCCAGACCUACAUUACCUCCAAUCAGAUGGGACCCUCCUGCUACAUCGGCCCCCUACCCAUGGACGGCCGCAAGACGACCAGAACAUUCUCUCAGCAAUCCUGGGUGUCUACACAUGUGAGGCCAGCAACCGGCUGGGCACAGCAGUGAGCCGGGGUGCUAGGCUGUCUGUGGCUGUCCUCCAGGAGGACUUCCGGAUCCAACCUCGGGACACAGUGGCCGUGGUGGGCGAGAGCUUGGUUCUCGAGUGUGGUCCUCCCUGGGGCUACCCAAAGCCUUCAGUCUCCUGGUGGAAAGAUGGGAAACCCCUGGUCCUCCAGCCAGGGAAGCGCACAGUGUCUGGGGAUUCUCUGAUGGUGGCAAGAGCAGAGAAGAAUGACACGGGGACCUAUAUGUGUAUGGCCACCAACAAUGCCGGACAACGGGAGAGUCGGGCAGCCAGGGUGUCUAUCCAGGAGUCACCGGACCACAAGGAGCAUCUAGAGCUUCUGGCUGUUCGAAUUCAGCUGGAAAAUGUGACCCUGCUGAACCCAGAACCUGUAAAAGGCCCCAAGCCUGGGCCAGCUGUGUGGCUCAGCUGGAAGGUGAGCGGCCCUGCUGCACCUGCCCAGUCAUACACAGCCCUGUUCAGGGCGCAGAGGGACCCCAGGGACCAGGGAUCUCCAUGGACAGAGGUGCUGCUGGAUGGCUUGCUGAAUGCAAAGCUUGGGGGUCUCCGCUGGGGCCAAGACUACGAAUUCAAAGUGAGACCGUCCUCCGGCCGGGCUCGAGGCCCUGAUAGCAAUGUGUUGCUCCUGAGGCUGCCUGAACAGGUGCCCAGUGCCCCACCUCAAGAAGUGACCCUAAGACCUGGCAACGGUAGUGUCUUUGUGAGUUGGGCCCCACCUCCUGCUGAAAACCAUAACGGUUUCAUCCGUGGCUACCAGGUCUGGAGCCUGGGCAAUGCCUCAUUGCCUGCUGCCAACUGGACCGUAGUGGGUGAACAGACACAGCUGGAGAUUGCCGCACGAAUGCCAGGCUCCUAUUGUGUGCAGGUGGCUGCAGUCACUGGUGCUGGGGCUGGAGAGCCCAGUAUCCCUGUCUGCCUCCUUUUAGAGCAGGCCAUGGAGCAAUCAGCACGAGACCCCAGUAAACAUGUUUCCUGGACCCUGGAACAGCUGAGGGCUACCUUGAAACGACCAGAAGUCAUUGCCAGUGGUGCCGUCCUGCUCUGGUUGCUGCUCCUAGGCAUUGCUGUGUGUAUCUACAGGCGACGGAAAGCUGGGGUGCACCUGGGCCCAGGUCUCUACAGAUACACCAGUGAGGAUGCCAUUUUAAAACACAGGAUGGACCACAGUGACUCCCCAUGGCUGGCAGACACCUGGCGCUCCACCUCUGGCUCUAGAGAUCUGAGCAGCAGCAGCAGCCUCAGUAGUCGACUAGGAGUGGACCCUCGGGACCCACUGGACGGCAGGCGUUCCUUGAUCUCCUGGGACCCCCGGAGCCCCGGUGUACCCCUGCUUCCAGACACUAGCACGUUUUACGGCUCCCUCAUUGCAGAGCAGACUUCCAGCCCUCCAGUCCGGCCAAGCCCGCAGACGCCAGCUGCUAGGCGCCUUCCACCCAAGCUGACCGGAACCUCCAGCCCCUGGGCUAGCUCAGAUAGUCUCUGCAGCCGCAGGGGACUCUGUUCCCCACGCAUGUCUCUGGCCCCUGCAGAGGCUUGGAAGGCCAAAAAGAAGCAGGAACUGCACCAAGCUAACAGCUCCCCGCUGCUCCGGGGUAGCCACCCCAUGGAAAUCUGGGCCUGGGAGUUGGGAAGCAGAGCCUCCAAGAACCUUUCUCAAAGCCCGGGCCCAAACACUUGUUCCCCACGAGAAGCUCCCGGAGCAGUGGUAGCCUGGCGUGCCCUGGGACCACAACUUCACCGCAACUCCAGUGAGCUAGCAGCUCGUCCACUCCCUCCGACACCCCUUUCUCUUCGUGGAGCCCCCAGUCAUGAUCCGCAGAGCCAGUGUGUGGAGAAGCUCCAAGCUCCCUCCUCUGACCCACUGCCAGCAGCCCCUCUCUCCGUCCUCAACUCUUCCAGGCCUUCCAGCCCCCAGGCCUCUUUCCUCUCUGUUCCUAGCCCAGGAUCCAGCAACCUGUCCAGCUCCUCACUGUCAUCCUUAGAGGAGGAGGAUCAGGACAGUGUACUCACCCCUGAGGAGGUAGCCCUGUGUCUGGAGCUCAGUGAUGGGGAGGAGACACCCACGAACAGUGUAUCUCCUAUGCCAAGAGCUCCUUCACCCCCAGCAACCUAUGGCUAUAUCAGCAUACCAACCUCCUCAGGACUGGCAGACAUGGGCAGAGCUGGUGGGGGCGUGGGGUCUGAGGUCGGGAACUUACUGUGCCCACCUCGGCUCUGCCCCACACCUACACCCAGCGAGGGCUCCCUGGCCAAUGGUUGGGGCUCAGCUUCAGAGGACAAUGUCCCCAGCGCCAGGGCCAGCCUGGUUAGCUCUUCUGAUGGCUCCUUCCUUGCUGACGCUCACUUUGCUCGUGCCCUGGCAGUGGCUGUGGACAGCUUCGGUUUCAGUCUGGAGCCCAGGGAAGCUGACUGUGUCUUUACUGAUGCCUCAUCACCCCCAUCCCCUCGGGAUGAUCUUUCUCUGACCCGAAGCUUCUCUCUGCCACUGUGGGAGUGGAGGCCAGACUGGUUGGAAGAUGCUGAGAUCAACCACACCCAGAGGCUGGGGAGGGGGCUGCCUCCCUGGCCUCCUGAUUCUAGAGUCUCUUCCCAGCGAAGUUGGCUCACUGGUGUUGUGCCCAAGGCUGGUGAUUCCUCCUGAAUUGUCCCUGAGAUGGCCAGAAGAAUACCAAGACCACUCUCCUGUCUGUCCCCAGGUCUUCUCCCAGGUGGAGGUCUUGGCUUAUGCUUCUCUGUAAUAGAGGUCCAUCAUCACUGGGCUUUUGGAGAGUCCUGUCACUGGGAUUGUUAAAACAAAUGAAAGCAAACCAAAUUAUGAUCUAGGGAGUCUUGGAUUCCCACUGAGAACAAGGCAGCAUCUUCAGGACGUCAGACUCUCUCUUCACAACUAGAACCUUUGGCCUAAGUAAGCCUGGCCCCUAUCUCCCACCCAUGUGGAUCAUGGAAAGAAGGGAAGCCAACCAUGUCUUCAGGAAGGAUCGAAAUGUCUGUUGGGGAGGGCUAUAGUGGAGGACCCAUGGAAGAGCCCUCUCAUACUUACUUGGACUCCUUAGAGACCAGCUCAGCCCUUCCCCCAGCCACACCAUACAAGGAAACUAAAGGAGCAAAGUCAUGGAUGCAGUGGGUCCUAUCUAGCAUCACAGUCAAUGCUCCAACGUGGGAUCAAUGGAGGAGGCUGGAGGAAAGGAAGCGGGAGGACGUGGAACCAAAGUACUCCUCCCAUGCCACUGCCACUGUGAGCUUACGGAACUUGAUUCUGUAAAACUGUAAAGACUUGAGUUCUGUGACAUCAUUCCUUGGGCUCUAUUUUUGGGAAGGGUGCCUGCAGAGAUGUUAAGCGUUGCCUGGCUAGCGAGGGAAUCACGUAUUCACUGUGACUUAGUGAAUGGCCUCAUUUCUUCCUGCUGUGCAAUGGAAGGGAAUGAGAUAUAUCCUGCACGUUUAAAAGGAAUGUAAAGAGGGCCGAGUGGGUCUAAGGUGCUAUAGGUCUUGGAGAGCCAGGUCCUGUUUUCUGCAGCCCCAGCUCGGCUCCCUGGAGUCACCGAUUCCAGAUGGUGUCUUAAAAUUAGACAGGCAGGCAGCUAAAUUCCAGGGAAGGUAGAAUCACCUGGGAUACUUGGCUAGUGAACACUUUUUAGACACAACUGCAGGACAGAUGGACCCUGGUGGAGGACAUGGGUCCUGAACCAGUGAAGGCCACUAGAGGGCAGGCUACCUGUAUCUCUCUCACACGUGCUGGGUAAGGUCAUGGGCAGAACUGUGCUGUAGAGCACCAUCGAGGCCAAAGAAGAUAGCUCUGGUGUGUGUGGAGGGAGGGUGUGCCGGCAGCAGGGCCCAAUGGUGCUCCUUCCCUAAACCCUGCAGCUCUUCCUGAAGACCACCCCGAGUUAGGAAGUAUGACCCGGGUGGCUGAUUUCUGAGCUAUGCUCAGUGAACCAGCCUGACUGGCUUGCAGGAUCUUGAAAAUGGGUGUGGCGCACCCAUUCAAUUCUUUUCCUGUUUUAGAUUUCUUUCUUUCUUUAGCUUUCUGGCAAAAUUCCUCUUGAAACCAUUCCAACCCUGUUUGCCAGACUGAAGGGGAAAGGGUUUCAGCACACACCAAUAUUCAGGUCAAAGUGGAGGGCCAUGUCAUGGCUCUGAAGGUCCAAGCUAUUUAGAGAACUGAGGAUGAAGCAAGCAGCCAAGGUGUGGGUCAGCUAUGGGGUGAGAGUGACAGCGACCGUGACGCAAGUCUAUGGCAGACACCCUCUGUGAAGGAGCCUGGGGCUAUGAAGCAUAUACUUUAUUCUUGGCUGGCAUGUCACUCAUAUACUCUUUGUUUUGUUUUGUUUUGUUUUGUUUUUAAACUUGUAUUUGUUGUGAUGUGAGUGAGCAGAUAGACCCUGGAGAAGGGCACCAAAGAAGAGGUUGGCUCAGUUCUCUGAAGAAGGGGCAAUAAUCUAUGUGUUGGCUAUAUGAAUACCCCUAUAGUAACAGUGUGUUGUGGUGUAGAGAUAAACUAUCCCUCCAACAGG